CGCUGGGAGUCACCUUACCCUCCGGUUCUUUGUUUCUCUUGCAAACCUUCGUCCUCUUCUCUCGUACCCUCGUUCACAGCCAAUUGCUCCGUUUGGGCACCCACCACCACCAUGACGACCGACGCAAGCGACCCGAUCCCCCCGCACAAGACCUUCGACACCAUCCUGGUGCUCGACUUCGGCUCCCAGUACUCGCACCUGAUCACCCGCCGUCUCCGCGAGCUCAAUGUCUACUCCGAGAUGCUCCCGUGCACCCAGAAGAUCGCCGAUCUUGGCUGGACGCCCAAGGGUGUGAUCCUCUCCGGUGGCCCAUACUCUGUGUACUGGGACGACGCGCCCCACGUGGACCCCGCCGUGUUCGAGCUCAAUGUGCCAAUCCUGGGCAUAUGCUACGGAUUGCAAGAGAUUGCGUGGACCUUCGACAACAAGAACGUGCUUGCGGGCGAGAAGCGCGAGUACGGUCACGCAUACUUGAAGGUCGAAAGACACGGAGAUGGCGAGACGGGCGGCCAUGUAGACAGGCUGUUCGCCGAUUGGGAGGACAACACGGAAGUGUGGAUGAGCCACGGCGACAAGCUCGGCCAUCUACCCACAGACUUCAUCACAGUCGCUACCACGAGCAAUGCGCCUUUCGCGGGUAUUGCCCACACAAGCAAGAAGUACUACGGCAUUCAGUUCCACCCCGAGGUCACACACACACCUAAGGGCAAGGUUCUGCUGAAGAACUUCGCUGUGGACAUCUGCGAGGCCCAGACCAACUGGACCAUGAGCAAGUUCGUCGACCAGGAGAUUGAGAGGAUCAGGAAGCUGGUUGGCCCCAAGGGCCAGGUUAUUGGCGCGGUCUCUGGAGGCGUCGACUCCACUGUCGCUGCCAAGCUGAUGAAGGAGGCUAUUGGCGACCGCUUCCACGCCGUGCUUGUCGACAACGGUGUGCUCCGUCUGAACGAGGCCAAGACUGUCAAAGAGACGCUUACCGCCGGCUUGGGAAUAAACCUUACCGUCAUCGAUGCCUCUGAGCGCUUUCUCAGCCGUCUUGCAGGCGUCAAAGACGACCCUGAGAAGAAGCGCAAGAUCAUCGGCAACACCUUCAUUGAGAUCUUCCAGGAGGAGGCGAAGAAGAUUGCUGCCGCAGCACAGCAGUCCUCCAACGCCGGCGAGAUCGAGUGGCUGCUCCAGGGCACUCUCUAUCCCGAUGUUAUUGAGAGCAUUUCCUUCAAGGGCCCCUCCGCGACCAUCAAGACCCACCACAAUGUCGGUGGUCUGCCAAAGGACAUGAACCUCAAGCUCAUCGAACCGCUCCGCGAGCUCUUCAAAGACGAGGUUCGCGAGCUAGGCAUGAACCUGGGCAUACCCGAGGAUCUGGUCUGGCGCCACCCCUUCCCGGGGCCGGGCAUUGCUAUCCGCAUUCUCGGCGAAGUCACUCCUGAGCAAGUCCGCAUUGCCCGGGAGGCGGACCACAUUUUCAUAGAGGAAAUCAAGGCCGCCGGUCUGUACAGGAACAUCAGCCAGGCAUUUGCCGCUUUGUUGCCCGUCAAGGCCGUGGGUGUCAUGGGCGACAAGAGGGUGCACGACCAGGUCAUUGCACUGCGCGCGGUGGAGACCACCGACUUCAUGACGGCGGACUGGUAUCCCUUCGACGGGGCGUUUUUGAAGAAGGUCUCUAGGAGGAUUGUAAACGAGGUCAAUGGCGUUUGCCGUGUGGUAUAUGACAUCACGAGCAAGCCCCCCGGCACCAUUGAGAUGGAGUAAACGGAACCGCGCGGGCACACACCCAGCGGGUAUUUUGCAUUUCUUCACCGAUAUAGACGCACUUAGGACGUUCCGGAAGGGAACCAAAAGGAAUGAAAUGGAUGGACAUAGACGAAUUGAUACCCUGCAUGAUAGACAUGAAAAUUUAAAAAGAAG